GGACAGCGACUAUUAGUGACGGACUUGCUUCCUGUCGUGAUUUCCUGUGUCAUUUUUCUGCGCUUGUUUUUACACAUUUUUUGAUUUUUCUCCCAAAAUCCAGCGACGUGUAAUUUAUAUUUGGGCUUUCAGAUGUAGACACGAGCAGAUCCACAACAUGAAUCCAGUAUUUAGAAAGGUACAAACUGUUGUAACACAAGCGCUUGUCUUGGACCGAGCUGCUUCAACAUGCCGGGUGUUGCCACUAAUUCAAGACACUGUUUGGGGAGGAACUGUUGCCAUGAACAACAGGAAGUUCAGGGGAAUGCCCACUCACGGUAUCGGAAAAUGGAAAUAUCUUUUACCCAAAGAAGCUGUUAAGAAGAAGAAAGACAAACAGCAGAUGAAGCAGAUUAUAGCGGCAACACAAACAGCAUACGGGACUCUGAACGUUAAAGUGUCUGGAUACGACAUGACUCUAGUGGAGCAUUACUCUCAGUACAUCCAUAACCUCUGCAACAGACUUGGCAUCAGCGUCGCAGAGAGUUACGCGCUGCCGACCAAAACUACAGAGGUUCUGCUGAUGCAGGACCAGGGCACAAAGAUGCAUGUGGAUGCAGUUUUAAAGACCCAUGAGCGAAUCGUACAGGUGAGCAGUUUAAACACUUCUUUGUGUCCGGUCUUUCUUGACGUUCUUCUUAAAAAUCAGCCUGAGGGAGUUCAGCUUUCUGUCAAAGAGCACACAGAGGCCGACUUCCAGGCUCGGUUCAAGGCCCGUCCUGAGUUGGAGGGGCUGAUGGCGCAGAUGGGGCACUGAUCCAAAACUGUCUGAUCUUUAACUCUGUACAUAAAGAUUUUUAUAUUUGUGUCUCUGCAAUCUGAACUCGAGAAAAUAAACCUCAUUAUUCCAGGAAAA